AAGUAGAGCACGAACAGUUAGCUGAUCGACUCGGCCGUAAACUGUAAUUCCUUUUCCUCUUAAAGAUUUCGGUUCGGCAUUAAAGACCGAUGCCUAAAAAGCGACGAAAAACCGUAAUAAAACUUCUUCUUCCGUAUCAUCAAUUAAUCUUUAACGUUAAGUGAAUAAUGUCCGAAAGCGAUACCAGUCCCAGUUUAUUAAAUCUAAAGGAGUUCAGAAUUCAAAAGAAAUCCAAUUUUUCACACACACCUGACACUGUAAACAGUUGCUUGUCCACAUCGACAGAAAUCAGUCCUGUUCAUAGAAUAAAGCCGGUUCGGAAACGUAUACUGCCGAUCAGUGAAUCCGAUUCAGAUUGCGAGACAUCAGUAAAAAUGUCACAUAUAGAAAUCAUAGAGAUCGAUGACGACGAUGACGAUUACGGUGAUGCAAUCAGUUCAAUUGUUAUAAAUAAUGUCGUUUCGUUAAGCGAUAGCCAAACUAACGAGGAGUUCAUUCAAACAGACACAAACGGAAUUUCGACCAUAAAUCCUGAUUCGGUCAUCACCCCAAACACUGAGGAAGACACAAAUGGCACAAGCCGCUUGAAAAAAUCUGACUCCAUUAUAGAGAAAGAGAAACAGAUGCGAUUUCUACGUGAGAGGUACCCCUCAAUGGAGUCCAUGGCAAUUCACGACGUCCUUUCCAAACAUAAUUUUAAUGUAGAUAAUGCGAUUAAGGAAUUACAGACAUCUACCGGGUCAAACGGACCAGUCGACAGUUACGCGAAUUGGAAAGUGGAACAAGAGAAGAAGGAGGCCGAACAUAAAACUGAAGUUAAAACAGAGGGUGUACGUAAUGCAUUUAACCCGAAGAAAAGAUCAAAAAUCGGAGAGUUCAGUAAUACAACCAAGAAAAAAGCUAAACGGAUGCGCACCGAGGCAGUUAGUGAUGAAAGUGAUGUGGAGACGAACGAUUACAAGGACCGGCGAGUCUUCGAUAGUGACGAAGAUUCCGAUGUGGAAAUAAGUAAUCAUCUCACCAGUGAUAAGAAGAAAGUUUUGGAAUUUUUUAAUACUGCGAUACCGAGUGAAUUGCAGUUGAUGGCAACUUGUUCGAAAAAAAAGGCAGAUGUUCUUAUCGAAUUUCGACCUUUUAAUGAUUGGGUUGAUCUUGUGCAAAAAUUACAAGAGAACAAAAACCUGAACACUGAUCUACUAAAUGCGGCCCAAGAAGUCUUACUGACUCGAAGGAACAUACAACGUCUAAUGAAGUGCUGUAAAAAUUUGGCUCAGCAAAUGGAACGGGCGGUCGCUAAAGGCGCAGGCGUUAAGCAACAACCCGCAUUGUUGGACCCAUCAAAACAACUUACUGGCUACCAAAUGGUGGGUCUCAACUGGUUGGCGGUUUUGCACAAGCAGGGAGUCAACGGGAUUUUGGCCGACGAAAUGGGAUUGGGGAAGACUAUUCAGGUUAUCGCGUUUCUCGCGCAUUUAAAGGAGACUGGCGGUACUUUGGGCAUUCCACAUUUAAUUGUCGUUCCAUCAUCCACUUUAGAUAAUUGGCGAGUUGAGUUCGAAAGGUGGUGUCCCGAGCUGAAGGUGUUCAUGUACUACGGCACCACGGAGGAGCGAAAAAUGUACAGAAUUCAAUACUGGUCUAAGGGGAACAUAAACCAAUACGACGUCAUAUUAACGACGUAUUCGAUGGUCACGAACAGUUCGGAGGAGAGGAAGAUGUUCAAGGUGACCCAAAUGCAUUACGUAAUUUUCGACGAAGCGCACAUGCUAAAAAAUAUGAAUACUCAGCGGUACGAAAACUUAAUUCGAAUAAAGGCGAAAAAUCGUAUACUAUUAACUGGGACCCCGUUACAAAAUAAUCUAUUAGAAUUAAUGUCGCUGCUCAUCUUCGUAAUGCCGGACAUGUUCGCGGGGCGAAGUGACGAUUUAAAAAAUCUCUUUCAAAAAAAUUCGAAAGUGUCGAAAAUAACCCCAGAAGAGGAGCUGCCAGCGUUCGAAAAGGAUCAAAUCAAACAUGCCAAAGAUAUAAUGAAACCUUUUCUGUUGCGAAGAUUAAAGCAGGACGUUCUACAAGAUCUGCCGCAAAAGACUGAUGAACUGGUUGUGGUUCCCUUCCCUCCGACGCAGCUGGAGCAAUAUAAUAAUCUUGUAUAUCACUUCCAAAGCUUAGGAAAAGAGGAUACGAAUGCCAAUUCGUUUAGCGCGAUGACCGUGAUGUCUGACCUUCGCAAACUGAGCAAUCAUCCUUUACUGUUAAAGUAUUUUUACGAGUACGAGGACAUCAAAACAAUGGCAGGUAUUUUGGCGCGCUCGGCCACAUACAAGGAAACCAAUGUACAGUACAUAACCGAGGAUUUGCUGUGUAUGUCGGAUUUCGAGAUUCACACACUUUGCAAGCAUCAGCCGGUAAGACAAUUAAGUUUUCGCGCUGCUCGGCGUAAUUGUAAUUUUCAGGGUUUGAAUCAGUUCGAGUUGCCCGACAAUUUAAUUUUAACCUCUGGGAAAUUUUUAUAUCUCGAUAAGAAACUAGACGAAUUAAAAAGGGGGGGACAUCGUGUUUUAAUUUUUAGUCAGUACGUCAUCAUGUUAAAUGUAAUGGAAGAGUAUUUAACGCUUAAGAAUUAUUCGUAUUUACGUUUGGAUGGUAGUACGCCCGUGACUGUUAGACAGGAACUGAUUGAUCAGUUUACUAAUGAUCCCGAUAUAUUUAUAUUCCUACUUUCGACCAAGGCUGGUGGAUUGGGUAUAAAUCUCACCGCCGCCGAUACAGUUAUCAUCCAUGACAUCGAUUUCAAUCCAUACAACGACAAGCAGGCGGAGGAUCGAUGUCAUCGUAUGGGUCAACUGCGACCCGUGAAUGUAUAUAGACUGAUUUCAAAGGGAACGAUAGAGGAAGGUAUGUGGCAGAUGAACCAGGAGAAGCUAAAAUUGGAAAAAGAGGUUACAGCGAACGAAUCGGAAAACCCGGACGUGAAGAGCGUCGUGCGACUAUUGUCAUCAGUAUUAGGCAUCGAUAGCGAAAAGAUAAACGCUUUGGCGACCCCUCCUCAGACAAAUAAAAAAUCAUGAUAGCGUCGAUUAGUAGAAAUUUUCAUUUAGAAAAUAAUUGCAGUUGUGAUUCUUUUUUUCCGUUUCCAUUAGCUUUAGAUGCGUUUGUAAACUUAAUUAAUGUAGCGUACCUUUUUUUAUCAAAAAAAUAUAUUUUCUGUGAGGAAGGGA